ACAUAACCUAAAAGAAUCAGGUCAUUCAUUUCUAUGUCAUUUUUCUAUAUUGUUUAUUUUAUUAUUGUUUGUCAAAUAAUUUCAACUUAACGUUGUGGAUACGUUUCGUUACCAAAGAUAAAAAAAUAUAAUUAAUAAAUAAACUUGUGGAAAUGUUGCAAAAAAUAAAUAACUUAUUACGGAUUACUGGUUAUGGUCAACAACUAAGCAUGCGUUAUUUAAAUUUUGUACCUGUCGUAGUUGAACAAAGCGGAAGAGGAGAACGUGCAUAUGAUAUUUAUUCUCGUCUUUUAAAAGAACGAAUAAUAUGUCUUAUGGGUCCGAUUACAGAUAAUGUUUCCUCAGUAGUUAUAGCUCAAUUACUUUUUCUUCAAUCAGAGAGUAGUAAAAAUCCUAUUCAUAUGUAUAUUAAUUCACCUGGCGGAAGUGUGACAGCAGGACUGGGUAUUUAUGAUACUAUGCAAUAUGUCCUACCACCUGUUGCAACAUGGUGCGUAGGACAAGCUUGUUCAAUGGCGAGCUUACUUUUAGCUGCUGGAGCAAAAGGCAUGAGACAUUCAUUACCUAAUGCUAGAAUUAUGACUCAUCAACCAUCUGGUGGAGUAUCUGGUCAAGCUACAGAUAUUCAAAUUCAAGCCCAAGAGAUAUUAAAACUUAAAAAACAAAUUAAUAAAUUAUAUGUCAAACAUACUGGAUUGGAUUUAGAAAAAAUAGAACGCAGCAUGGAAAGAGAUAAUUUCAUGAGUCCUUCUCAAGCUAAGGAAUUUGGAAUAAUAGAUAAGGUACUUGCACAUCCUUUACAAGAGGAAGAAGAAAAUCCAUCUGCGACAACAUUAUCAGAGCAAACUGUAAAUGCUACUAUAUCAACUUAAUGUUAUUUUAAUUAAAUUGAAGGCGCACAAAGAAAAUGUCUUCAUUUUAUACGAGUUUCAUGUAUUUAUGAACGUAUCUGAUCUCGCAUGGUAGCUAUGUUAUAUAAAAAUAUUUAAAAAGAUA